AUGGCCAAGGUCUUCGAUGCCGCCGAAGUCGCAAAGCACAACACGGCCGACAGCUGCUGGGUCAUCCUCUACGGCCAUGUGUACGACGUGACCGACUUCCUCUCCUCGCACCCGGGCGGCGCAAAGGUGAUCCUCCAGCUGGCCGGCAAAGAUGCCACCGAGGAGUUCGAUCCCAUCCACCCGUCCGGCACGCUGGACGAGCUCAAGCCCGAGGCCAAGCUGGGCAAGGUUGAUCCUGCCAGCAUGAUCGACACGAAGCCGGCGCCGGUCAAGAAGGACGACGACGCUCCCUCACCCCUCGAGACGCUGCUCAACCUCGACGAGAUCGAGGCCGAGGCCACCAAGCGCAUCUCGAAAAAGGCAUGGGCCUACUACUACUCCGCCAGCGACGACAUGAUCACCAAGACAUUCAACAAUACAGUCUUCCGAGACAUCCUGCUACGGCCCCGUGUCUUUGUCGACUGCACGCAAUGCGACUUGUCGACGACUCUCCUCGGCCACAAGGUUGGCCUUCCCAUAUACGUCAGCCCGGCUGCCAUGGCCAGGCUAGCUCACCCGGACGGCGAGCUUGGUAUCGCCAGGGCAGCAUCCAAGUUUGGCGCCCUUCAGCUCAUCUCCAACAACUCCUCAAUGACACCAGAGGAAAUCUCUUCCGAAGCAAAACCUGGCCAGAUCUUUGGGUGGCAGUUGUACGUGCAGAACCGCCGCGAGCGGAGCGAGGAGAUGCUGCAACGCAUCAACAAGAUGAAGGACCGAUUCAAGCUCGUCUGCCUGACGCUAGACGCUCCCGUGCCUGGCAAGCGGGAGAUUGACGAGAAAUCAAACUUUGACAAAGGCUUCGUAGUCGAGCCAGGGGUCAAGGGCGGCCAGGAGAAGCGACCUGGCGGUGGCGGCGUGGGCCAGCAGCUCUUCUUCGGCACGGCCAGCGACUUGACGUGGCAGACGACGCUGCCGUGGCUCACAAAGCACACAGACUUGCCCAUCGUACUCAAGGGCAUUCACACAUAUGAGGACGCCUACCUAGCUGCCAAGUACGCGCCCCAGGUCAAGGCCAUCAUCCUCUCGAACCAUGGCGGCCGAGCGCUGGAUACAGCCUCACCCCCAGUCCACGUUUUGCUCGAAAUCAGAAAGUAUUGUCCCGAGGUGUUUGACAAGAUCGAAGUCUGGAUCGACGGUGGCAUCAAGAGAGGCACCGAUGUUGUUAAAGCUCUCUGUCUCGGCGCCAAAGCUGUGGGUAUUGGCCGUGCGGCCUUAUUUGGUCUCGGAGCUGGAGGCGAAGCUGGUGUGGAGCGAACACUGGAAAUUCUUGAAGCGGAGACAGCCACAUGUAUGAGACUCCUCGGAGUGAAGAACAUACAGGAGCUCGGCCCAAGAUUUAUCAACACGCGCCGUGUGGAGAGAGACAUUUACGACGGGCCUGCGGAGCUGGGCCAGCCGGGGCUGUGGGCAAAGUCCAAGCUGUGA